AUGCUGACGCGGCGAGCGAGGCUGCUGACUGUCCUGGCAGUCGUGUCGUUGCUGCCAAUUGUCGCUCUCAUCCAAACCUACCGUCACCUCGCUUACCGCUCCUCGACCUCCCUCUCACUCGCCGACUCGUCCCUUUCCCUCUCGCACAUCACUCCGCCACCCGCCGAAGCCGCCCAACCACCACAAACAGUCACGAUGUCCGCCAAAGAAGCCGUCGAGCAAAAGAUCGCGCAGGGCAAGCGCACCGUCGUCUUCUCAAAGUCGUACUGCCCCUACUGCCGCCGUGCCAAGCAAAUCCUCAAGGACGCCGGCGAGGACUUUGACGUCUACGAGCUCGACCAGAUGGAGGAGGGCUCGGACUGGCAGAACGCCCUCGCCAACAAGACCGGCCAGCGUACGGUCCCCUCGAUCUGGAUCGGCGGGAAAUUCAUUGGCGGCUGCUCCGACCUCGAGGCGAAGCAGCGCUCGGGCGAGCUCAAGACCCUCCUCGGCGGCAAGGCGAAAUUCUAG